AUGCCGUGGGAUUUCGGUGUACUCAGCUUUGUUUGCGGUGCCAUCAAAUUAUCGUGGAUCAUAUACGAGAAGGGGUUCACGGAGGAGAAGUCGCUGCCACUGAUCGAUAUCGUGGGCAACUUCCGCUUGACGCUGGAACAGUGUCAGCAGUUGCUCAAUGACGUCAGCAAAUUUCGUACUGGCAAAGACGGCUUCAUCACCAACAUCAUCUACAACCUGAAUACGGAUGCGCAGGUCAGAGAUUUGACUGAGCGUUUGAAAUAUCACAGCGUCAAGAUUGGUCUCGUUCUCGACGCGUUCAACAUUCAUGUCCAAACACAGCUGCGGGAUAUCCACAAUGAACAACACCAAGACCUGGCGGAGCGAAUUCAGGAGCUGAAGCACCUACUUGUUGCUAGUCGCGAUUCAAGCACCGACGCGUAUCAACCGGUGAUCAAGCGAGAUAUAGAAGUCCCUGUCGAGCUUGCCGAGCGCUUCACAGCGGAGUUACAGCAACGGAAGGACACGAUUGGUCAAGUAUCCAAAGCUCAAAUCCAGGCGGUCUCUAUGAUAGGUGCAUCCGGGAAAUGGAUCGACGACUUCGCAUAG